AUGUCUUCCCCUGUUGUCUUCGUUUGUGGUGCGACGGGCACCCAGGGGGGAGCCCUCAUUCAACAACUUCUCGUGCACAAGAUACAAAUCCGAGCAAUUUCUCGAAAUAUAAAUUCCGUUGCUGCUCUUAAUUUAAAAUUGCAGAACGUCUCACUCAGAGAAGGUGAUUUCGAUGACGAGGAUAUCCUCAGGGAGAGCAUGAGCGGCUGCACAACUCUUUUCCUCAACCUGAGCCCGAACAGAAACAACGCAAACGGAGAAUCUGAACAAGCGGAACUUAUACUUUCUGUCGCCAAAGCUGUGGGGGUUCGACAUGUUAUCUACACAAGUGCACUGGUGACUUCCAGUCCCCAACAGCUUGAACAUUGGGAUCCUCGCAGCCCUGUGUGCAUGGCUGUUCUGAAGAAGCAAAUUAUCGAGAAUAAGGUACGGAAUGGGGGAUUUGAAACAUGGUCAAUUUUGCGACCGGGCAAUUUCAUGUCGAAUUUCUUGGACCCCCUGGCACGUAUGUAUCAGGGUCUUGUCGAAACUGGAAAUUUCAUGACAGCUUUUACACGAGACACUAUUUUGCCGAUGGUUGAUCCUAACGACAUUGGGAAGUUUGCUGCAGCCGCAGUGUUUGAUCCGGUCGGAUUUGACCGCACGGAAAUCGAACUCAUAUCCGAGAUGAUGAGUCUAGACUCAGUGUUGCAGGAACUUUCGCAAGUAACUGGAAAAAAGCUACAAGCUGUUUAUCUUUCCGAUCAAGAGGUCAAGCAGCAAGCUCCCAAAAAUAUACUUCUGGAAGCCCAAUUAGUGAUGCGAGACAUGUCAAAAUUCGUUGAUUUGGAAAAGCUGAAGGGGUGGAAUAUCUCUCUAGGAACCUUUGCUCAGUUCUUGGAUCGAGAGAAGGGGCGAGUUCAGAAGACGUAUGCAGAGUAG